ACUUCCGCUUAUCUCGAGUACCUUAGUCCUUAAUUUUCAUUUAUACUGUUUUUAGAUAUUUUCAUUCGUUUCAAAAACAAAAUGUCAGGCAUUGACUAUAUUCAAAAUUCGAUUGAUACGAAUAAAAAUGAGAUUGCAAGAAUCGAUUCAGGCAUCAAUGAAAUGCGAUGUCGCUUAGGUGAUCCGGCAUUAAAUGCGUCACAAAAAGCAUCAAUCGAACAAGAAAUUUCGAUACUGGAGUGUAACAAAUAUUCACUUAAAGCUACAAUUGAUCAGCUUGAAAUGGAAAAGGAUGAACUUCAAGGAGAAAAUCCAAAUUCACUGCUCGACGAAAAAGAGAAUUGA